ACCGAACGGCAACCUGAGAUCUAGUGAAUUUUUUUUUGAUUAACCGGUUAAUUGAACCGGUGAAGUAAUGGUGAAUUCUGAAAAGGGCCCUUUACUAAAAUUCUGUCACCGUCAUUAUUGUCAAAUGUCAAUGCCCAUCUUUCAAAAUCAGCUGUUUACUAUUUACUUCUUCAUGUUUGGCUUCUUUGAAGAUUUUGAUUGUAACUAAAUAUAAGAAAAUUAAACAAUUUGUCUUUUUUGCUGAUAUUUGUAUAUACCAUAUGACUUAAAUUAUGACCUCCCACAGAAACAGGUCCAGAUCACCACAUUACCGAAGUGUUUCUCGAAAACCAUCGAGAUCUCACAGGUCAAGGAGUAGAUCUCGCUCAAGAGUACCUAAAUAUGAUGCAGAAACUUCUGGUCAUAGAAAUCAUUCCAGGUCUCACCACAGUCAUUCAGAAGACAGAUACCUAAACAAGAGAAAUGGGGAUUAUAGAAAUAAAAAGAAUGUUCCACAAGAGGAUUUUAUGGAACAUCGGAGGCAAGAAAGGGAAGUUUUGGGUACGAGAGAUAGUACAGUUUGGGGCCAGUCGCCUUUAAGAGAAGAGCUAUCGUCAGGCAAUGAAUCAACAAAAGACGACACAAAAAAAAUUCAGAAAAAAGUAAAGAAAAAGAAGCACAAGAAAGAAAAGAAACAUAAGAAAGACAAGAAACACAAAAAGUCCAAGAGGAAAAAGAAAAAGAAGGUAUCAUCAAGUUCAGAAAGCUCAUCCUCAUCAUCAGGAGAAGAAGAAGAAGAACAAUGGAUAGAAAAACCAGCAGCCUCCUCUAAAACACGCAAAAGAAACUCUUCAGAUUCAUCGGAUGAAGAUGAGUCUGCUGUAGGUCCAACCCUUAAGCCGCACACAACAUUGACCCAUAAAGAGAUGGGCAAGGCCCUAUUACCAGGUGAAGGGGCGGCGAUGGCCGCCUACGUAGCUGAAGGCAAAAGGAUUCCCAGAAGAGGUGAAAUCGGUUUAACUUCCGACGAAAUCGCCACGUUUGAAAGUGUCGGUUUUGUCAUGUCUGGAUCGAGGCACAGGAGAAUGGAGGCCGUCCGUAUUAGGAAGGAAAAUCAAAUUUAUUCCGCCGAUGAAAAGCGGGCUUUGGCUAUGUUUAGUAAGGAAGAGAGACAGAAGAGAGAAAAUCUUAUUUUGGGACAGUUUAAGGAUAUGAUUAAGCAGAAAUUAGCUGAUAAAAAUAAUUAAGUGCAUGUAAGUUGGAUUACUUUGAAGUUUAAAGUAAUCUUUUCGUGUGUAAUUUUUAAUCGGAAGUUGAGGGGGCUCAAGGGGGUUGCUUGAGGACAAAUUUUGAAUAUUUUGAUCAUUGUAUUUUGGAAUGGUGCUAGUUCUACAGGAUUUUUUUUAAAGCAUCCUACACAUUUGUAUAUAUUUGAUUCAUGAAACUUAAUAUGCAUAUGAAAUUCUUUAUAUAUACAUAUAUAAGGUUUGUAAAUAAAUCUUAGUUUACAA